AUGCGAUUCUUACAAAAUCAACUUUCUCCUGUGGAUAUUGCUUUAACACUUGCAUAUAGUCUCAAUUUAAUGGGUCUUGUUCAAUGGAGCCUCAGGGAUUUAUUAACACCAGUAACUGAAAUUUAUCGACAAAACUUAGUACAAUACAAAAGAAAAAAAGGAUCAGCUGAAGAUAUACCAACUUUCAACUAUAUAAGAUCAACGGCUUAUCGACGUAGAUCAUCAGUUCUUCCACCAAUUCCAAAAACAUUAGAAGAUAUUGUAAUACCUGACACUUUGAAAUUUUUAGAAAAUGGUGAUCCGUUUUUAAUAUUUGACAAUCCAGCACCAAAUCAUAUUAUUACUUUAUGUUCUCCACAAGUAUUGAUUGAACUUAGUAAAUGCUUCUAUUGGCUUGCUGAUGGAACUUUCCGAAGCGCACCACAAAAAUUUGUUCAAUCAUAUUCAAUUCACGGUCGUACUGAAUGGGGAAUCCAUCCAUUUAUUCAUAUCGCUAUGUGUGGACGCAAACAAGAGCAUUAUGAAUUGAUUUUUCAAGGUUUAUUUGAUUAUGCAAAUAGAAAUGAUACUAAACUUCAACCUAGUAGUAUAAUGUUUGAUUUCGAGCAAGCGGCAUCCAAUGGCUCCUUAUCUACUUUGAAACAUAGUUCAGUUCUUUAUUGUCAUUUUCAUUAUUGUCGAUCGAUUUGGCGUCAAGUUUAA